AAGAAAGGCAUCAGAUGUCCCACCACAUAGUUGGGGUGAUUCUAGUCUGUCUUCACAUGGCUGCCUCAGAAGAAGGGAUACAAAUCCUGCAAAGCCCAGCACAGUUGUGGAGGACCCCUGGCGAGACUGCACAGCUGGACUGUAGCCCUUCAGAAAAAGAAUGGAGAGUUGUGUGGUACAAAGAACAGCAGAGUGGAAGUUUAAAAUGGAUUUUCCAGAGUUCUCAGUUUGCAACUUCAAAUGGAAAAUACUCGAGUAAAGUGGACCUUACGGCAAAUAUUUUCUCUCUUAAUAUCAAUAAUGUACAAAGAAAUGACUCGGGGGUUUAUUAUUGUGGCCUCUCUGCCUCUGUGUAUCUACAGCCCAACUUCGGGAAUGGGACCAGACUAAUUGUCACAGAUGCCUCCGAGCCAAGUCUUUCCAUUCUGGUUCCCUCCACCCUGGAGGAUGCUGAACUUCCCCCCGUCAUUCCUUUACUCUGCCUGCUCUCUGAUUUCACUCCUCCCUGGAGUGAAGUCCUCUGGGACACUGGUGAGGAGGCAUCUGACAGUCAGACGGAUGCUGGAGCCAUAGAUGGGAAUGGGGUCUUUAGUGUUUGGAGCCUAAUGACAAUCCCUUCUGAGACAUGGAAUCAGGAGAUGAUCUGCACGUGUACAGCCAAGCAGAGCAGCACGGGGAGAAGCAUCAAUGCUACAGUCUCCAAGGAAACAGAGAGAAGAGACACUGGAGACUGUAGGAUUGUGUUCUAUGCUGGGCUGCCCUGUAUUUUCAUCCUUCUCCUGAUCCAGCUGUUGAUCUUGCUCUGGAGAAAGUGCCCCGUCAGAGGGAGAGCUGUGCAAAGAGAGAAUCCAAUACCUAUGAGGCAGAUCCCACAGACUGAAUAUGCGGCUCUGACGUACAAUAACAGAAAUGCUCCUCGGUGACUGAUGUAGUCUCACAAAAGUGGUUUAUAUUUUUUAAAAACAAGAGAUGCAAAAAGAAAGAAAGAAAGAGAAAGUGAGAGAACUAUGGAAAGCCUCAUGUUUGU